AAAUUAUUGAAUACGUUUUUAAACGAUGCCUGUGGUGUGCCAAAUAUUUCUGGACAGGACCAGAGAUGGUGUGCAUAGAUCUGGAGAACCAGUAAGGGGUACCCUUGUCUAUUCUGUGGAUAAACCAACCAAGUUUGAUAGUAUCUACAUCAACUUUAUAGGCAAAGGAAAGUGCAGGUGGUCAGAAUCAGAUGGUGAUAACACCACAUUCUACGGCAACAAAGAAGAAUACGUGAACCAAUCUUGCAAUGUGCUGCAUUCAAGGAGUGAUAAGAAAAUACCAGCAGGUAGAUACGAAUUCCCAUUCCAAUUCUUCUUACCACAUGAAAUACCAUCUUCUAUCAAGAAUAAGACCUGCACUAUAGAAUAUAAAAUCGUUGCGGAAUUCGUAAAGGCAAAGUUUUUUAACGCUACAAGCAAAUUUAAUGCAGAAAUAACUGUGUAUGCUUACGUAGACCGGACUUGUGUAGAGCCACUGCACUUUGGUCUACAUAAAGAUUUAUUCUCGUUAACAUCGAACAACAAAGUGAUCGUCAAGGCAGUUUUGGACAAAACUGUGGCGGCUCCAGGAGAAAAUUUAACUCUAAAACUGACAAUAAACAACGAUUCAGGGUUGGUUAUAGUUAUAAAAACCCAACUAUACAGGUAUUUUACUUAUAUAUCAAGUUCUAAACGUAAAAAGGUGGAUAAGGAUUCGGUGAAAGAAACGGCUUCUGCAAGAACAAUUAAGGAGCGCAGUGUAUCUAAUUUGAUGUUUACAAUACCCAUACUGCCAAGUUUGUAUUCCAUACAGCAUACGAAGAUAAUGACAGGAGAGUACAAAGUGAGAGUGACAGCUGACCUGCCCUUCCCUCACAUCAAUGAGGUUGUAGAAGUACCAGUAGUUAUUGGUGAGAGAAGAGAUAGAGUUGGACCAGAAAUCAUGGUUCUUAAUGAAAAGCCUUCGUCUACAAAGGAAGAUAAAGGGGAAAGUAAAUAUGAUGAUAAUUGGGAUAAAUUACGUAUUAGUUGAAGAUUAGAUUAUGAUGAAGAUCAUAGUGUCUGAAUGUGUUAUGUACCUACAUUGUUUGUGAAGGAAGUUCGCAGUAUAUUAUAAGUUAAAGAAGUAUGGUUACUUAAUCACCUGCUACUUUCAUUUCUGCACUACUUAAUAGUUGACUGGGAGACAAUGCCCAUUAAG